AUGCGUGUAUUUUUGUUCGCUCUCGGUUUGGUUCUGUUUGGCGUGGCCCACGGUAAGACGUUCACCAAAUGUGAACUGGCUCGUCUCAUGUUUAACAACGGAUUCCCGAAGUCACAGCUGCCAGAUUGGAUGUGCCUGGUGCAGAGUGAAAGCAAUUUUAAAUCGGACGCUACCAACAAAAAUACGAACGGCUCCACCGAUUACGGUCUGUUCCAGAUCAAUAACAAAUAUUGGUGUUCCUCGUCCGGGGCCGGCGGCGAUUGCAAAAUUGCGUGUUCAGCUCUGAUUGACAACGAUGCAACGGAUGAUUUGAAGUGCGCCAAGCUUAUCUACAAUCGCCAAGGUUUCAAUGCUUGGUACGGCUGGAUUAACAAGUGUCAAGGAAAGACGCUUCCCACCGUUGCUGAAUGUUUCUGA